AUGUGUACACUACCUUGCGGCUCAUCCCACGUUUUCUGUCUGCUAGUUUUGUUCUCGCAUUGCGUUUACCCGCUGCGGAUGCUGCAAGACCUGCUGGAACUGCAAGGUUUUUUGGGACGGGAAUGCCCCGAGCUUCAAGCUAUUCAGUUAAUCUUAGGAAACAAUUACUUGACGAAAACUACUAGUUGGGUGCGUUGGGGUGAGAGUUGGAGAAAUUUUAGGACGGAAUUCUGA